AUGCACGACAUGUCCCUCCGCGUCCGGCUCGCCGCGGCCGCGGCGCUCGUCGUGUUUGCUCUCGCCUCCGGCGCCGCCGCGGCGCACGAGCUGACCAAGAACGGCACCGUGAUCACCUACGACCGCCGCUCGCUCAUGAUCGACGGCCGGCGGGAGAUCUUCUUCUCGGGUUCCAUCCACUACCCGCGGAGCCCACCCGACAUGUGGCCGGACCUCAUUGCCAAGGCCAAAGAGGGAGGCCUGAACGUCAUCGAGACCUACGUCUUCUGGAACAUCCACGAGCCCGAGAAGGAUGUGUACAACUUCGAAGGGAGGUACGACCUGGUGAAGUUCUUCAAACUGAUCCAGGAGCAGGAGUUGUACGCCAUGGUCCGGAUCGGGCCCUUCAUCCAGGCGGAAUGGAACCAUGGAGGGCUGCCCUACUGGCUACGGGAGGUCCCUGGCAUCGUGUUCCGGACAAACAACGAGCCAUUCAAGAUGCACAUGGAGAAGUUUGUGAAUCUCAUAGUGAAGAAGCUGAAGGAUGCCAACUUGUUUGCAUCACAAGGAGGCCCCGUCAUUCUAUCACAGAUUGAGAAUGAGUACCAGCACUUGGAAGUGGCAUUCAAAGAGGAGGGUACCAAGUACAUCGAAUGGGCAGCUAAGAUGGCCAUCAAGACCGGCACCGGAGUGCCGUGGAUCAUGUGCAAGCAGACUAAAGCUCCUGGUGAAGUGAUCCCUACCUGCAACGGGAGGCACUGUGGAGAUACAUGGCCAGGUCCAGCUAACAAGACGAAGCCCCUCUUGUGGACUGAGAACUGGACAGCACAAUACAGAGUGUUCGGUGAUCCGCCGUCCCAGCGCUCGGCCGAGGACAUUGCGUUUGCCGUGGCGCGCUUCUUCUCCGUCGGCGGCACCAUGACAAACUAUUACAUGUACCAUGGGGGGACCAACUUUGGAAGGGGAGGUGCUGCCUUUGUGAUGCCAAGAUACUACGACGAGGCCCCUCUGGACGAAUUCGGCCUGUACAAGGAGCCUAAAUGGGGCCAUCUCAAGGACCUGCACCAGGCGCUGAGGCUGUGCAAGAAGGCCCUGCUCUGGGGGACGCCGUCGACGCAGCCGCUGGGCAAGCUCUUGGAGGCGAGGGUGUUCGAGAUUCCGGAGCAGAAGGUGUGCGUGGCGUUCCUGUCCAACCACGACACCAAGAUCGACAGCACGGUGGCGUUCCGGGGGCAGCAGUACUUCGUGCCGCGCCACUCCGUCAGCAUCCUCGCCGACUGCAAGACCGUCGUCUACAGCACCCAGCACGUGAACGCGCAGCACAACCAGCGGACGUUCCACUUCGCCGACCAGACGGUGCAGAACAACGUGUGGGAGAUGUACACCGAGGAGAAGAUCCCCAGGUACAAGGAGGCCAAGAUCCGGAUGCAGAAGCCGCAGGAGAUGUACAACCUCACCAAGGACAAGACCGACUACCUCUGGUACACCACCGGCUUCCGGUUGGAGGCGGACGACUUGCCGUUCCGCAGCGACAUCCGGCCGGUGCUCGAGGUCAGCAGCCAUGGGCAUGCCAUGGUGGCCUUUGUCAACGACGUCUUCGUAGGAUGCGGGCACGGGACGAAGAUGAACAAGGCGUUCAUGCUCCAGAAACCCAUGGAACUGAAGAAAGGCGUCAACCGCAUCGCCAUCUUGGCGAAUACGCUGGGGAUGAUGGACAGCGGCGCGUUCCUGGAGCAUCGGCAGGCCGGCGUCCAGUCGGUGCAGGUCCAGGGCCUCAACACGGGCACGCUGGACCUGACGCCCAAUGGCUGGGGCCACGUCGUCGGGCUCGUCGGUGAGGAGAAGCAGGUGUACACCGAGAAGGGCAUGAGCAGCGUCUCCUGGAAGCCGGCCGUCGUGGACAGGCCACUCACCUGGUACAAGAGAUACUUCGACAUGCCGUCGGGGGAGAACCCGGUGGUGAUCGACAUGAGCCCGAUGGGCAAGGGCGUCAUGUUCGUCAACGGCGAGGGCAUCGGCCGCUACUGGAGCUCCUACAAGCACGCCCUGGGGCGGCCGUCGCAGCACCUGUACCACGUGCCGCGGUCGCUCCUGCGGGAGAAGAAGAACGUGCUGGUGCUGUUCGAGGAGGAAGGCGGGCGCCCCGACGCGAUCAUGAUCCUGACGGUGAAGCGCGACAACAUCUGCACCUUCAUCUCGGAGAACAACCCGGCGCACAUCCGGUCGUGGGAGCGCAAGGACAGCCAGCUGUCGGCGGUGGCGGGCGACCUCAAUCCCCGGGCCGUGCUGUCGUGCCCGCCCAAGAAGGCCAUCCAGCAGGUGGUGUUCGCCAGCUACGGCAACCCGCUGGGGAUCUGCGGGAACUACACCGUCGGCAGCUGCCACACGCCGCGCGCCAAGGAGGUGGUGGAGAAGGCGUGCAUCGGCAAGCGGAGCUGCGUGCUCGCCGUGUCGCACGAGGUGUACGGCGGGGACCUCAACUGCCCCGGCACCACGGCCACGCUCGCCGUGCAGGCCAAGUGCUCCAAGAGGCCGCCCAGCGCCGCGCAAUAA